GGACAGUAUCUGGAUAGAAUAUAUAUUAUAUAUCUGUAGAAUAUGUGGAUAGAUUAGUAUUUGCAAGGAAUGAAAGGAAGAUUUUCAAUUGUUGUUUUUAAUUAUUACAAUCUUCAAACAGAGUAAAAUCAUCAUUUUUGGAGAGAAUAUUCUGCCUUCUUUCAUGUUCUAAGAUUUAAACUGUUUUAAUAAGUUUAACUCCAGCAACCAAAAGCAGGAAACCCAUAAAAAUAAACAUUUAUGUAAUUUCUGUACAAAGAAUGUCUGUUGUUUCCACCCAUAAUUAAGUAUUAUAGAAGUGGUUAAAGUACCUAAAGACUGUACUUUUUUUAGCCCAGUGACAGUACAGGGUUGUAGCAAAACAAUUCGCAGCGGAAAACGAAAACAAAAGUUUCUUAUUGAACAUGUUCUGGUGGUCCCUCUACAUUUUUUACAACCCUGGAUUGAUUGAACUGAAGUUAGACAUGUGACACUGAACAGAAGCACUAGAGGGAAUUCUCUCCUCACAUUCAAAUUCUGAUGCAAAGGGUGAGAAGAGAUAUGAGCUGAGUUUGAUUAACAUUGAGAAAAAUCGACAUCUGAAAGGUGAAUAACAUGAACACAACAUGAUGUAACUUUGAUAUGCUUUUUUAACAGGCCUGUAGUAAUGUGAAUGCAAUAAAGUUCAUUUACAGUUGGAUAUGUUAUUGUUGUUCUCUAACAAUGCAAUCCAUCUAAACUCUCCACUCACCAUAUUGUAUGUCUAACACAAUAAACCAUUGAGAUUCUAAUAGCAUAUAUAUAGCAUUUGAUUCAAUUAAGAAUUCUAAAUUAGACUGCAGUAAUACAUGAAGGUUUGGUUGACUGUGAGGGACUGUGAUGUCAGAUGUACCCUAUUUCCUGUUCUUUAUAAGUAGAUGUCAGACAGAGACAGACUGCAGUACACAGCCAGCUGUGGUAAUGGUGAUGUCACUGUUGAGGAGUUUUCUGUUGUUCUACUUCUCAUUCAACAAAUUGACCACAGCAGCAGAAGCCAUUCUCUGGGUGAAGACGGGGGAGAAGUUUACCAUGAAGUGCUCCACCACUCUAAAAGACCAGGAUGGAAUGUACCUGUAUGUUGGGCUGGACAGGGACAGGGAGGUGCUGUAUUACUACCAGCGUGACUCCAAACUGACCCCCAGGAGACGUUACUGGGACAGAGUGAAGACUGAGGGACCUGUGGACCAACUGACCAUCACCGUCAGUAACCUGACCAUAGAGGACACAGGUGUCUACUGGUGUGUUUACACAAAAUUCAAUAAAUCCACGUAUGAAAAUGACAUCAACCAAGGAAGAGGCUCCACUCUGGUCGUGGUGAAUGGUAGAGACGAUGCCCUCCAGCUGCCAUGCCCCACAGCUAUUGCAGUAACACUGACCCCCUUUCACCCAGCCAACGAGAAGCUGUGCGCAUCUGGCGUGGAAAACAUCAUCAUCAUCACCAGCAUCUUGACCACCCUGAUGUGUGCCGUCAUCUUCCUCGCCUGGGUCGCUCCACGGGUGAAGAGGUGCUGUAACCAGGGAGGAUACACACCCCAGGUCUUUCCUGACUCGGUCUAUGAAGACAUGGCCAGGAAUCCCAUUUAUCCACCAGACACACAGCAGGUACAAUCGUACCCCUAUUCUGUGUCUACCAAAGGAGGAAGUAGGACCACUGUGUAGCUUCUUCGAAUGCUUUCUCUGAAUAUUGCUUCUUUGCUUUCUCAGAAUUGAAAAACCUGUUCUGCUAUAUUUCACAGUUCUAGCCUCAAUGCAAGUCUUAGUGGUACAUGUUUUGUGUGUGUGCGUGUGUGUGUGUGUGUGUGUGUGUGCGUGCGUAUGUGUGUUGCGCCAUACCAUGCUUAUGUGUGUGAAUAAAAUCUCUAUAUGGACAGUAUUCAUAUUUCAACAGAAGAGUGAACAGCCAAUGUUAUAUUCCAGUUCUUCCACAUGCAAUGCACACACACCAAUAAAGCACUUUUCUUCUAAUGAAAUGCUGCUAAAAGUAGUUAUGGAAGAAGUGGAAAGUACUCGAUCAACGUGAGUUGAGGUGCAACCAAAAAAUGUGGUCAUCAUUGAAAAGGCUCAAUGCUUGCUCAUCAUUUUAACUAUUAAAAGAUUCUGUUAAGUCAUUAGGUGAUUUGAAAAUCAUCUGAAAAUGAAACAUCCCAAUAAAUAAGAGACAGCAACCAUAGUGCUUUACAUUUUGCCCCUGAACGUUGGAUUUUGGUGCAGAUCUUUUGUGAAUGUUCAGAAUUGAUCAAAGGGCCAGUCUAAAUUGCUAAACGGGACGGAUCUGGCACGUGGGCCGCCAGUUGAAUAUCCCUGUUUUAGUCCAUAAGGUGUACAGUUGAUAGCGAUGGAGGCCUCCCUAUAACUUUUUUCAAUACAUCAGGUCAUACGAUUUAUAUUGGUUUUAGUUCUAAACAAUGCUGUAGGCUGUGUUUUUCUCUAGUGUUUUUAGGUCACUGGACCACUCAUCAAGCUGUUCCUGUGCAUGUUGUCUUCCACAAAGCCAAAAGAACUUCAACGUUAAAAUGAGAACAGUUUGUUAAGACUUUUAUUAUAUUUUAUCAUAGGUACAAAUAUUUUAGCUCCUUAAACUUUCAGGCACAUCAGGAUAUAAGCCAUUUUACAUUACAUUUGAUUAUUCUAUGGUUUUAGUUGAGAUAGCUAGUAGGUUAAACCAUAAUGGUCUGAGUACAUUGUUUUCAUGCUGAUACAGAGUAAUGAGUGUGUCUUAUGGAUGGAAAAACAAUGAUUCAUUUUUACUAAGUGACGUAGUAUUUGUCUUACACUAGGAGUCCCUGUUUUUUUACUUAUGUUUCAACUUCCUAACAGCUAUUUUCACUUUAAAUAGCUGUAAAUGUGUAUUGUAUCUUUAUAAAGGAAGACAAAUAUUCUCACCGUUUGCCUUUUAAUCAAAAUUAUUGAUACAUAAUUGAUAGUUAUGUGAUAUUCAACUUGUGUAUUCAUGUUUAUGUUGUAUUUGUAUGUAUAAAGCAUUGGUGAUGUUCAGCUAUAUUGCUUACAGUAUUUUGUAUGUUUAGAAAGCUUUCUAAAUGAAGUCAGACAGGAAACUAGAGUGUUUGUAUCAGCUGAUAUUGAACCAAUUAGAUUCCCUCUACCGUAAUAUGGCAGUCUAUUUAGUUAACCAGGUAAUGCACAUCCUUUCAUUAUGUCUGCUGCACGCAAGCUAUCCAUUGGUGUUCUUGGUGACAUGCUAUGAUGUAACAUGCGGUACUCGCCCUGCAUGUCUGCUUUCCCACCACCCACCCCAGACUCCACCUGUUUGGGCACUGCUUUUGUUUCAGUCAGGGGGAUUGGUAUAGCAUACCUGGCUCACUGUUUGUUAUUAUGUUAUCAUUAUGCAUGCUCUGGCAGUGAGCUACCCCGAAGGAGCAGAGCCUUACGCCAAGAGUAACAUAUUGAAUGUAUUGUAAUCCUUUCUAAUAAAUGGUUA